AUGACACUACAGAAACCGAAAAAAAUCAUAAUCUUCUAUUGUUUCUGUCAAUUCAGUUCAAUGAAAAAUUCACCGUCAUCUUAAUUGAUUAAAUUGAUUGAUAAAAAUUGAAAAAAAUUAUAUUGUCAUCGCAAAAUUCACGGUGGAAAACUAAGUAAUUAAAGAAAUGGAGGGGAAACACAACGACAGUAAUAAAAAACGAAAGCCAAGAUCAUCUAGUGCAGCACCAGCGGAGAAACGAAGACGCGCAGAAAAUAAAGAAACUCCAACCCCGAGUUGUUCCCAGAAUACGAAAGACACAAUUUCCACGAGCAGUCAAAAUACAAUAGCAUCGAAUAAUGGAAGUCCCUCAAAUGUAAACAAAAAUAAUAGCGGAAAUGAUAGUAAAAAAGAUACGAGUAAUUCACAACAGUCUGAGCAUUCAUUAAAUGACCCACCCAGUCAAGACACGAGAACGAGCUCCAGUGAUGAGCCAGAGCCAACCCCUCCGAAAACUAGUCAAGACACUGAUGCUUCCCCCACUGCAACGCAAUCCGUGGAGGCCGUGGUCUGCACCAAGAUCCCAAGCACAGAGAAAACUCCAGAGAAUCCACCCAAAGAGGACAAUGGAAAAAGGAUAAAGUUCAGUGAUCAGAACCGAUCGAAGAAGGGAAGUAGUGAUGACUCAAUUCAUCAGGAUGAUCCCCAGACGUCUGGGAGAAUCACAGAGAACGCAAGAAGACGAAGAUGCAUUUAUGGUGCCAAAUGUUACAGACGAAGUUCUGAUCAUCUAGCAGAAUUCAGUCACCCAGGGGACGAAGACUACGAGUUGAAAGAUGAACGCCCAGAGUGCAAAUAUGGCUCGAAAUGCUACAGAAAGAACGCCAAACACUGGAAGGAGUUCAAGCACACGAAGACUCAAAGAAAACGCUCCACAACUCCUGUCAGAUCCCAGCGUUCAGACGACUACUCCGAUGCCUCCUCAGCGGAGGAAUCCGUAGAUGAGUCUGAAUACGAUCCUUCGGGAUUCGAGGAGAGCACAGACGACGAGGGCGAGGAGUACGAGAGUGACUUUUGAAGACUAUAAGAAAAGUUUUUUAUUGUAAAAAAAUCUUACAUCUUGAAAUAUGAAUGAUUUUUAGCAAUA